AUGUUACUAAAAAGCAAUACUAAAUAUUUUGCUGAAAGUCCGAAAAACAUUUCUCCUGUUUCUGAAAUAGAAAUUCAAGCUUCUCAAAUAAUAGAAAGAUUGGAGGGAGCUGUUGAAAAAGCUGUCGAAGCUGUUUCUGCUUUGGAAAUUGGAAAUGAAAAAGACCCAAAUUUUAAAGAAUCUGAUCUUGGGCUAAAAGGCAGUAGUUGGGGAGUUGAUCAGGGAUAUUUGCAAGCAAAAAGUAAAGAAGUUCCACAAAUUUUGAAUCUUUUAGAAGAUUUACUCAUAUUUGAAAAUGAUGAGUUGGAUGAAAAUGAUGCUCCCACAGUUGCUAGCUUGGCUCCAUUAUCUAACGUUGGAAAAUUUACAUUUAUUAUUCAAAGUGUAGCAUAUUUUGCAAAUACACUCGGAAGAAGUCAUGUAAACAAACUGAAUUAUAAAAUUCAUAAUGAGACUACUAAAUGGCUUACUAAUUUAUUCAGAAUUAAUGAUAGCCAAGCUUUCUAUCAUGAUGAACCGUUAGAAGGUUUAGUUAGAUUGACUAGAAUGUUAUUGCAUUAUAAGUAUCCCAAGUUUUUAGAAUUAGGUUUUGAAUCCUUGUGUUCCACUCCUCCUGUUAUUUAUAGUACACUUUCUUCGUUUGGCCUUGUUCAAUAUAUAUGUCGUCAGUUAGGACUGCCUCUAUCUUGUGUACGUUCACUUACUUCAUCAAACAAUAUUGAACCUUUGCAAAAACUAGACUUAAAUUAUGUUCAAAAAAUAAUAAACGAUGAUAAAAAUUCAAAUAAAGUUAUACUGCUGUUAUUCGCUGAUGCAGGUACACCCAUCACAGGACAUAUGGAUGAUUUAUUUAGUCUUCAAGAGUUAUGUCAGAAAGAAGAUAUUUGGCUUCACGUUAAAGGACAUAAUUUGGCUGCUUUGACUUUGAUGAAUGCCCUUAAAAUUGGUGACAGUCUUACAUUAGCACUUGGAGCAUGGUUGGGCAUUCCAGGAUUGCCAACCGUAACUUUUUACCGACAAAUUCGGGCCAAAGAAAGGAAAUCCGGUGAAGCAACGUGGGAGGGAGCACUUCCUAGGAUUGCCGGUCUUGUACCAGAUCAAUUGCAAAAAUGCCUUGUUGCCCUACCAGUUUGGUUUGCUUUGCAGGCUCUUGGAAGGGAUGAAAUUAAACUUAGAAUCAAAGAAUCUUUUAUUGCUUGCGAAAUUUUAUGGGAAAAAUUAAUAAAAUAUCCUUGUCUAAGGUUAUUGAGUCAAAAACCUGGGGGAAAUUUAAUUGCUUCUCAUUUUGAGGAUACAAAUAAAUCGGACUUUAUACCUGUGACAAUCUUUGAAGUAAUUGCGAGUACCGUUGUAUUUCAAUUCGUGCCUCCUAAUCAAGAUUCAGAUUAUUGUAAAACAUCAGUGGUGUCUCAAUACUGCAAUAAAUUAAAUUCAUGGCUUGGCCAAAUUUUACAAAGGGAUGUUCCUCAAAUCAAUGUUGAAAUAUGCGAAUUAGAAAACGCGGGUUUAGUUCUUAGAAUUUGUCCCUUGGAAGCAAUUAUUCCCAUUUGUGGGAAUGACAUUGAAAUAUUUAUCAGUAGCUUGGAGCAACACCUGGAUAUUUUAUCAGCAACCGUACGAUUGAAACCUAUUUUUUUAAAAUGCGUUGAAAAUAAUCCUUCAUUGCAAUUGGUGGAAAUGGACGGGUGGGCCGGUUUAGGGGGGGUUCGCUAUGUUCCUGAAAAUAUUAACGAUGCUGAUUCUGACCAAAGUAAACAAGAUUUAAAUAAAUUAAAUAUAGAAAUUGUCAAUAAAUUGAGGGCCACGGAUGCUGCUUUUUCAAUAGGGGAAGGAAACAAUGGAUUAGUCUGCGUCAGAUUCGGUAUGGUUACAGCCGAUACCGAUGUAGAAGAAUUAUUAUCCUUGGUCACAUCCAUUGGAAAAAAUGUUGAAGAAUCAUCAAAAUAUCUGGAAAAAAUGGUAGAAAUUGUCAAAAAAGGUAUUGAAACAGCUACUGUAGAUUUACGUAAAGAAAAUGAAGAAAGACUGUGGCAAGAUGGUAUUCUUAGGCAAGUUCCAGUUUUUGGUUCGAUAGUGAAUUGGUGGUCUCCGAAGGCUAAGGAAUCGGGAAUCAAGGGAAGAAGUUUAAAUUUACAAGCCGGUGUCGUUGAAAGCACGGAAAAUAUUUAUCGAUAUCAUAUGCAACUUGAACAAGGAGCAUCCUCACCUCCAGGAACUAAAUCACCGCCUCAACCGAUUGUUCAAACUCCGAUUGUUACAGAUUCUUCUUCUUUACAUUCUAGAUCAUCCUCUCAUAGUUCUCAAUUAUCUCAAAAAUCAACAGAAAAUAAAAACACAUUAUCAAAUAUCAAUAAUCAAACGAGUAAAAAUUAA